UACUUUCCCUCGAUUCCAAAUCCUUCUCGGAUUCGUGCACAUCUCGCUUAGAUUUUAAAGGAUCUUUGAUUCCAAAGACAUUCUCAUUUCAUUCUUGGUUACCUUAAUAAGUUUUUCAGCAGAUGGAAGCCCAAAAUGCCCAAAGGAGGAGUUAUCAGGUGGUUAUAGCAGCAACGAGAGACAUGGGUAUUGGUAUUGAUAUGAAACUUCCUUGGGAUUUACCAAAUGAAUUUCAGUUUUUCCAAGAUGUAACAAGUAGGACAUCUGAUCCUCGUAAGACGAAUGCAACUAUCAUGGGAAGAAAAUCAUGGGAAGCUACUCCUCUCGAGUUUCGUCCCCUUCCUGAUCGCCUAAACGUUGUCCUCACAAGAUCUAACUGUCACAGUAUCCCCACUGAUGAUGAUAACGUAAUGGUGUGUGGUAGCAUGGAAUCGGCUCUUGAACUUUUAGCCAAACCGCCUUAUUCAUUUUCCAUCGAGAAGGUCUUUUUCAUAGGAGGCGGCGAGUUGUUAAGGCAUUAUAUGAAUGCACCAAGCUGUGAUGCUAUCCACCUAACAGAAGUUGAUAUAACCGUGCCAUGCGACACAUUCGCACCGAGGGUCGAUACUUGUCUAUACCAUCCAUGGUACUCAUCACUUCCAGUUGUGGAAAAUGGAAUUCGAUAUUGCUUUAACACUUAUGUUCGAAGAAAAGAUCUCAUUUUUGGAUCUGGUGUGGAGGCAGAGCAAUACUCGUUCUUGCCUAAGAUGGUUUUCGAGAGGCAUGAGGAGUUUGGUUACUUGAAUCUUGUUCAAAACAUUAUAUCUAAUGGGGACAUGAAUGACAAUAAUACUCUUCUGUCGAAAUUUGGCUGUCAGUUGCGGUUCAAUCUGCGCAAGACUUUCCCCCUUCUCACAACCAAGAAAGUAUUCUGGGUAGGCGUUGUAGAAGAAAUCUUACAACUCAUCAAUGGUUCAACCUAUCCCAAGGAAAAGGGUAUUAAUCAUAUAUGUGAGAGUGAUAAGGCUAAAGAAUAUCUUGACAGUUUCGGAGUGAAUGCCACAGAGGAAGAUGGAGACCAUCCACUCUUGACUGGACUCUACUGGAGCUACUCUGAUGCUAGCCAAGAAUUCAGUCAGAUCUCUGAUGUUAUAAACAAGAUUAAGAACAAUCCUCAUGAUCGAGGGAUCACACUUUCAGCUUGUAAGUUGUCCAUAUCUCCUUGCCAAACGUUCGCACAGUUCUAUGUGGCGAAUGGUGAACUUUCCUGUCAAAUCUACCAGAGCUCAACUGAAGCAAGUCUCGGGAUUCCUUUCAGUAUCGCAGCAUACUCUCUCUUGACAUGCAUCAUGGCUCAUGUUUGCGAUGUUGUUGCUGGUGACUUCAUCCAUUUGAUUGGAGAUGCUCAUGUUAAUACAUCUCACACCAAGGCUAUACAAAGACAGCUUCAAAUCUCCCAAAAACCCUUCCCGGCCCAAUGAUGAGGAGAGAACCCAUCGUUGAUUCAGCUCCCCUGCGACCUUGACGAAACAAAGCUUCCAGUCAUGGCGAAUUCUCAAAUCCACUUCUCCAAUUUGAAGGCUAAGCGUUGUAAGGAGGUUGUUCUCCCCCAAACAUCAAUCGUUCACUGUUCAAUCCCAAACAUCAAGUGGAAGUAGUUCAUUUUGCAGAAUUUACGUUUAUGUUCAUGAGCUUCUUUUAAAUAUUGUCAAUUCGAGCAUAGAAACUGUAUUUAGAAAAUCUAUACUAGUGGUUGACGGAUUCAGUUGUUGAGACGGA